AACAUACGUUAGGAAAACCAAGAGCUGAAACAAGAAAACCAUCAAUAAUAUUUAUUAAAAAUAUAAAGUUUAAUUUUGGAAGAGAAAAAUUUAAAAUGGAAACAAAUACAACAUCCUUGCUGCCAUACGUGUUGGAUCUGCUCAGUCGAAAGCCAGAUUUAAGCUCAACCACCGAAGAGCUGUGCGAGCAUAUGAAGGAUGUGGUCAUCGAGGAUGUGAUCAGUCCAUUUGGAUCAUUGCAACGUGCCGUGGAAUUUGCCAUCGAGCUGGGCAUGAAUAUUGGACUACUCUCUCUGACUGAGGAGAAGGUGCUAAUGCCAUUCAAACUGAAGCCAAGCGCAUCGAAUAUCAAGAAUACAGCACUGCCGCCGACACAGUGUCGCAGUUUGAUCAAACGUCUGGCCAAAACGCUUUGCCUACAAAAAAUCAUCAAUAAUCUGUAUCAAACCGAAACGCAUAUUGGUUUUAGUUUCGCUUUCGGCUAUGUUCGAAAAUCUGUUUAGCAAAAACUUCUCAUUUUAACUUUGUUACGGUUAACGAUCUCUUGUUUCUUUCGGAUUCGAAAUACCGGUAUGGUUGUCAAAAUUUGGAACAUGUUUUAAAAAUAUUAAUUGAUUAAAUAACCAAUUUCAAUCGGCUAAUACGUGCCAAUUGUUACGUUUUCUUUCUUGUCAUAAAACAAAAAUAUUGUAUAAGUCGUAACAAAUAAACAUAAUCAGAUUCAGAUC